AUACACACGCAAAUAGGGGAAAAGCUAUUCGAUAGUUGCAGCGAAGAAAACCGAUCUCAAUUCUGAACCUGUUCUUUUCACAAGAGCCAUAAAAGGAAUGGCAUCUACAGCGGCACCAAACCCAUGUUCGCUAUCUCGCACUAAUGGCUCGCAAAGAUCAAAUUUUUCCGGCACAUUCUCAUUCAAGAUCCCAUAUUUUUCAGACCCUCGAAGCCCAAAACUCGUUUCGGUUCAAUCGCACAACCCCAACCUCGAUUCCUUCAAAAUGGACCAAACAGCUUCCGGGUUCGGAUCUGGGCCCGACGCUUCGGCCCAUUUGCAUGCUUCGCCGUCCGCCUCUGCCGCUAUUGAUUUUCUCACAUUGUGCCACCGUUUGAAGUCUACUAAGCGAAAAGGAUGGAUCAAUCAUGGGAUAAAGGGACCUGAGUCAAUAGCUGAUCAUAUGUACCGUAUGUCAUUGAUGGCUUUGAUUGCUGAUGAGCUUCCUGGUGUCAACAGAGAAAGGUGCAUCAAGAUAGCAAUUGUUCACGACAUUGCAGAAGCUAUUGUUGGUGAUAUAACUCCAUCUGAUGGUGUGCCAAAGGAAGAAAAAAGCCGAAUGGAACAAGAAGCCUUGGAUGAAAUGUGCAAGGUUCUCGGAGGCGGAAUGAGAGCUGAGGAGAUCAAAGAACUGUGGCAAGAGUACGAAAACAUCUCAUCUAUAGAGGCCAAACUUGUGAAAGAUUUCGACAAAGUUGAAAUGAUUCUGCAAGCACUAGAGUAUGAAACAGAGCAUGGAAAGGUCUUGGAUGAAUUUUUUCUGUCCACAGCAGGAAAAAUUCAAACUGAAAUCGGAAAAAAAUGGGCAGCCGAAAUCACUUCCAGGAGAAACUCGCAAUUAGCGGAUAGGCUUAACUAGCAAUCCUCUUGUUGCAUUCUUUUUUGUCCCCAGUUAGUAAUAAUAUGUUUAUUAGUAGCUAGUUCGCUACAGUUCGACAAAAUCGCAUCUUUGUUUACGCAAAUUCUUGACCGAGUUUUUUUUCCAGUAGAAGAGUGUAUCCUCCCUUUUUAUUAUUCUCGGCUCUUUUUNUUUGUUGUUU